CGGAGGUGGCGGCGCGCGCGGGGUGAAGGGGGAGAAGGGUGUCUGAAUACCGAUGAAUGAGCUGCGAUGGAUAACAAAGACUCAGAAGCUGAGAUCCACCCUCUGAAGACUGAGGAUGUAAAAGCUCAAGAGAACCAUGAAAACUCUGUGGAGGGAAGAAUUGUCAGCAAGCAGUCAUCGCGACUGUCUCGGCUGUCCCGGUGGCGCACUGCCGCCUUCUUCAUCUCGUUAUUUCUGUGUCUGAUAAUUGUGUUUGCUUUCUCGUUUAUCAUUCCUUGCCCAGAGAGGCCAGUUUCAGAAAGAACAUGGUUUCGAAACUACGACAACGCAGUGGCCUACCAGUUUCUCGCUGUAGAAGAUGUGAACGAAGACAAAGUGCAAGAUGUCAUCUUUGCUUUCAAAGCUAGCAACAGCAGCAGCAGCUUCAACAGAUCCUGUCUGGAUGAAGGUCUGCCUUCUCCGUGUGCCUUCAUUGCUGCUGUGUCUGGCACGAACGGCAGAGUGCUCUGGGAGAGGCCUGCUGCCGAGGAGGUUGAGUGGAUGGAGUGUGGCAUCAAGCAGCUCGGGGGGGCUGAGGCCCCGGGUUGCCUGGUCGUGGGGAAGCCGGUGUCUCUUACAGCGGUUGACCUGCGGACAGGGGAAGUUCAGUGGAGACAGUCCAGUGAUUUUGGAGCUAAUUAUACUGUGCUGACUCCCAUGUCAGUGAUUCCAGAUGUGGAUAGUGACGGAGUUCAGGACCUGAUAAUCUUUAUUGCUACAGGAGAUAAGAUUAAGACCUUCAUCCAUUCAGGAAAAAACGGCAAACAGAUCGGCUCCACUGGAAGCCUGAACGUGGAUGGGAAAGCUCGCUAUAUCAGGCUGAACCUGGACUCCUCCUACUACUUCCUUUUCUAUACAGAAAACUCUCUCUAUGCAUAUUCCCUGAAAGAUCUCUACAGUGCAGCAACUGGGAUGGAAAUUAAGCUUCCCAGCCUUGAGCAAGACCCUCAGUGGGAGAAGAACAUUGACCGCACCACGCACCGCUUAUCCCUUCUCAGCUCUGGAGACAUUCGUUACUUGGCAAAAAUUCCUGGGCGAGCACGGGAGAACAUCUUGGUUGUAAACUCAGAGAUGGCUACGCUGAUCAAUGCACAAAAUCUUCAGACUUUGUGGACCCUCAACGUGUCCCGUGUUGUGAGUGAGCCGCUGCUUGGUUACUACAAACCUGAUGUUCUUGGUAUUGUCCUUGAGAGUGAAAUUGGACCCAACAAGAAGAAGGUUAUGAUUGUUGAGAGUGGAUCUGGAGCAGUCCAGUGGGACCUGAAGCUGAACUCGAGAACAGAGAGCCCUGGGCCAGCCACACUUUCUACUGCUGAUCACCGAUCCGCCUUCCUCAUCUGGGGUGACUACCAGGUGCCGGGAAAUGAAACAAGAUCCAGAGCUCCUCUCCAGAAGCUGUAUCUUUUCCAUCCUUCCUACACGAAUGUCCUGUUGGAGCUCCGCAAUAGCACAGACCAAAUAAUUGCAUUCAAUGCCACACUGUUCGAGCGGAGCCGUCAUGCCUGCUACGUGCUGUUGAGGGGGCCUCAACCCAGCGAGGAGCCAGGGCCGGUGUCUCUGAUGAAGCGUAAGCUGAAGGAGGAUGUCUCUGAGAGCAGGGUGAUCUGGCUGAGCCAGGUGGCCGUGGACAGCGAGCAGUACGUCCGGGACCGCCUCUACAGGAUGCGAUUCCACAGCCGAGUGUGAGCUUGCCGAGGGAGGGGGAGAGGCUGCCCUGGGCCAGGUGUCUCCAAGCUGCCUCUCCACUGCAGCCGUGCUCUUAGCAAACCCAGAUCACAGAUUCAAAUGGGAAGCUGCCUUUCUCGAUCUGCAAACCAAAGCGUGGCUGGUGGGGAAGCACCCCCAGUGUCUGGGGACACCCAGGCUGUGGGGGCAGCUGCCAGUGCAUCUGUCCUGAGAGCUGAUGGGGCUUCAGUGCUUGGCCACCGCUGAAGUGUCGUCAGCUCGGGGAAGAGGGCUUUCCCCUCGAUCCUUUUGUGCCCGCAGAACUGUGCUGACUCAGCUGGUGUCUGAAGGAAAACACGUGCUUGCUGGGGAUGCGGGAGUUGAUUAUUUCUUGGGUGCUUGCGUGAGAAGUGGAGCUUCGAUGCGUGGUGUUAGAUUUCCUUUCUGAGUCAGCUCUCCUGGCUGUGGGAGAGGUGCUUGGCUGCAGGUUGAUUUACAAUCGCCCUCUCCUGGAUUUGGGCCCCUGCUUCGGUAGUCGGGGGGUGUGUGUAGUGAUAAGACCCCAGCCGUGGCUGACGAUGUGGCUAGGUGUCACCCGGGCCAGCACAGCGCAGGUUAAAGUGUCAUUCUACUUAGAAAAUGGCCUUUUCUCCUAAGAACAGCCCCAUGUGCCCCACUCUGCAGUUACAAGCCUACCUGUGUCUGUCUCCUCUGCUGCUUCCUUUCCAGCCGGGCUGUGUAGCAUUGGUGACACAGGGAGCUGGUCUCCUCCCUGAUUUAUGCAUCAACGUUCCUCCCUGUCCCCAAUCUGAUUAUCGGUGAUAUGAAAACCACCCUGAGCCCAGGCUGGCUGGUCCCUGCUGGUACAGUCACCAACUCUCCUGCUGGUUUUGAGGUGCCAGAGGAUCUAGGACAUUUUUUCAGAGGAGAAUUGCACUUUAACCUUGCCUGGGAGCUAGGCUUGCCGCUCCGGGGAGCCGUGUACCUGAGUGGCAAUGCCAGCUCUCCUGCAAAUACUCAUUCAGCCUUGCAGCUGCUGAGGAGCCUUCUCCGAGCACUGUCCCUCUGCCAGGAGUUGGUAGGCUGUAGGACAGGCAUGAGCUGCGCGGGGAAACAACGCAAGCUGUCUUUGCAGCACAGCUCCAGAGAGAGCUCUCUGCUCCCUCCCUGCCCUCAGAAUUGAAGUGUUGCUGGGUGAGGAUCUUCAUGUGCUGCUCUCGCUGUCCAGCCUGGUAGCCCAAGGGAAUGGGACAGGUUGCUCUGUGAAGAUGGUGUCUCCCCUGGAGACUUCUGUAGCGUGGUGUGAUUGCUUUGUGGGUGCCAAUGCGGACUGUAGAAAUGAGGUGCAAAGCCUGGAAAAUGGUUUGAAUCGGCUGCUCAGUCCUGAAAGCUGCAGUCCCCACACCAGCCGCACUAAGACAUGAGCCCUGUUCAUAGCUGCUGGGCGUCCAUCUGACUGGUGAGAGGGUGGACAGAAAACACCCUAAAAAUAACCUCUCUCGAGUUUUGCAGUGCCAGAGGGGGUUUGGCCGGUGCCUCCGUCCCUUGCCUCGUCUCAGAUCGGGGUGUGUGUAAAAAUACUGUAGGAUGAGGAAUUUAAGCUGGGUUGUGUAGGUUCUUCUCUUGUGGCAGCCACUGAGCUUCAACCUGCUGCAGGGCAGCUCCUGGCUCCGGCAGCUGGUGUCACCCAGGGUCAUGCCCACAGCUUCAGCUCUCCCAGUCUUGCAGCAAACUGAGCUGCAGCAUCAGUGGUCUGCCUGGAUGCUUGCCUCCUCCUUCCAGCUGGCCCACUAGUUGCCCAAAGGGUGCCCUGGCUCCCUCUGCCCUGUGACCCGUAGCUCAGGCAGUCCAGGGAGCCGUGUAGGAUGAGUGCUGCUGGCGGAGCCCAGUCCUGGGUUGUCUGGGCUGUGCAGGAAGCCAGGGAUGCUCCCGGGAGAGCACUCCACAACCCCCAAAUCACCCUGGACUCAAAAUGGUGGGUUUCCCCCUUUGUUCCUCUCUUUCCAAGCUGUUUUCUAAGCAAGUCUGGGGGUGCAGGGGAGCACCCCUGCCAUGUUCCCUGGCUUAAAUCGCCUCUUUGCUCAGCAUGAUAAAGAUCUGAAGUCUAGCAGCCCGUGCCAGCGUUGCAGCGUCGCAGGGAUCAUGGGCUGCACCAGCGCUGCAGAACCCGGGUUGUGAGGGCUGGGUUCAGCCUGCCCGUCCGCCGGCUGGGGCAGAGCCGGGAGCAUGGCUGCGGGAGCCGGGCAGUGGGAGCCCCAGACUUGCAUGCUGGUGCAAUCUGUGUGUUGGAUGCGGAUUGUAUCCCACCGAAAUUCCCCUGGCAGGGAGCAAGGUACCCGGGCCGUAUUCUCACCGCAAUGACAGCGUCUCAGCUCUCUCCCUUCUCUGAUCCCUACCCAGACCUGACCUUUCCUGUAGGCACACUGUUCCUUCAGGAGAGCUGGAUUUUCAGCUUUAGGGGGCUUUUCUGGCUUUAAGUUGUCUAUUAAGGUUUCCAGAUACUUUGGAAACGCAGAUUUCCCUGUGGCAGCUCAAUUAAAUGCAUCAGUGCCAAACCAGCACCUUCUUAACAAAACGAGUCCUUUUCCCAGCUUAUUUCCCUGUGUAAUUGGUUUUUUGCAGUAUUUAAUGAAUGACUUUGUGCCUUGAUUCAAUAACUCAGAUGGGUGAUGAUGGCAUAUAUCACUGUGUUAUGUAUUAGUGUGUUUUUUAACACUAAGACUGUUUGGUUUGGUUCUUUAACUUAUUGCAAAUUGUGCCCUAUAGGACUUGGUCUAACCGGAAUGGUUUCAAUAAAUCCUCUUUUGCAUUGUU